GUUUUCUCUCUUCUACCUUAUUUAGGGACCUCGUCUUUUUUUUACUUCCGCCCGUAUACCCCUCACACCGAGAGUGAUGUUUACAGCGGCUGCCCGGGGCCGUUUCUCUUCUUCUACUCUUGCUCGUCCCCGUCUCUCUCCUACGAAUUCCCUCCUUGCUAGAUCUUCUGUCGCUUCAACAAUGGCUCCCAGACGCAAGGCUUCUUCUGUCCCUGAGGGAUACAAAGAAGAUAUCUCAAAGGGCAACAUGCUUCGUUUCGAAGACUCCCUACCCCGCCUCCCCGUCCCGUCACUAGAAGAGACCGGCCGUCGGUACCUCAAGUCCGUGCACGCGGUGGUAUCAGAGGCCGAGUACCAAAACACCAAGAAGGCCGUGGAGGAGUUCGUGCAGGCCGGCGGUGUCGGACAGAAGCUGCAGGAGCGACUACUCGCGCGCGCCGCGGACCCCAAGCACAAGAACUGGUUGACCGAGUGGUGGAACCACGCGGCCUACCUCGGCUACCGGGACCCUGUGAUCCCCUAUGUCUCUUAUUUCUACUCGUACCGUGAUGACCGGGCGCGUCGGGACCCCGUUAAGCGUGCUGCGGCGAUUGCAACUGCGGCGCUGGAGUUCAAGGGCCAGGUUGAUGCGGGGUCGGUUGAGCCGGAGUACCUGAGGAAGAUCCCGCAGGCAAUGAGCUCGUAUGAGUACAUGUUCAACUGCUGCCGGAUUCCGAACGACGGGGCGGAUUACCCGCAGAAGUACAAGGCGGACGAGAAUCAGCACAUUGUGGUUGUGCGCAAGAACCAGUUCUUCAAGGUGCCGCUUGUUGUCAAUGGACGGCAGCUGAAUGUGUCGGAGCUGGAGAAGACGUUUGAGCGCAUCUACCAGAUUGCGCAGAAGGCUCCUCCUGUUGGUGUUUUGACUGUUGCGAACCGUGACCACUGGACUGCUGCUCGUAAGAAGAUCCUUGCUGCUCACCCCAACAACGCCCAGGCUUUGAAGGAUAUUGAGUCCAGUGGCUUCCUUAUCUGCCUGGAUGAUGCCAGCCCCGUAACUCUUGAGGAGCGUGCCUCGCAGUACUGGCACGGUGAUGGCUCGAACCGCUGGUUCGACAAGCCCCUUCAGUUCAUUAUCAACGAGAACGGUACUGCCGGUUUCAUGGGCGAGCACAGCAUGAUGGACGGCAGCCCGACGCACCGCCUGAACGACCACCUCAAUGCCCUCAUCUUCAAUAACAAGAUCGACCUCUCAGCCAAGCCUGUUCGCUCCGACCUUCCCGACCCCCGCCCCAUCAACUUCCACCUGAACGAGGAGUGCAACGAGGCCAUUGAUGUCGCCGCCAAGGAGCACCGCCAGCAGAUCGCGGCUCACGAGCUGCGUGUCCAGGCCUACCAGGGCUACGGCAAAGGCCUGAUCAAGAAGUUCAAGUGCAGCCCCGACGCAUACGUGCAGAUGCUCAUCCAGCUCGCCUACUUCAAGAUGUACGGCAAGAACCGCCCUACCUACGAGUCCGCAUCAACCCGUAAGUUCGCCGAGGGCCGCACAGAGACAAUCCGCACUGUAUCCGACGACAGCGUCGCCUUCUGCAAGGCCAUCUCCGAUGCCUCCGUCCCCCGCGAGGAAGCCGUCCGCCUCUUCCGCACCGCCCUCACUGCUCACUCCAAGUACACCGCCGAGGCCAGCGACGGCAAGGGUGUCGACCGCCACCUCUUCGGUCUGAAGAAGCUCCUCCAGGAGGGCGAGCCUCUUCCCUCCAUCUACUCAGACCCUGCCUUCGCCUACAGUGGCUCGUGGUACCUGUCUACUUCCCAGCUGAGCUCGGAGUACUUCAACGGCUACGGAUGGUCCGAGGUCAUUGAUGACGGAUUCGGAAUUGCGUACAUGAUCAACGAGAACAGCCUCAACUUCAACAUCGUCUGCAAGCGCAUCGGCGCCGAGCGCAUGAGCCACUACCUCAACGAGGCCGCCGGCGACAUCCGCGACAUGCUGAUGCCCGAUCUUGCCGCCGAGGCCGAGAAGGCUAAGCUGUAAACUCGUUACUUCAUUUAUUUGCUUUAUUUUCCUUUGGCUUGGAGACCGACCUGGCUUGGUCGGUUGGAAGAAAGAGAAGGCCCUCGCUGUAGACAGAUUUCUUUCAUGCAUAGAUUUGCGGUUGCUUUGAGAUAUCUACUACUGCCACUAGUACUGCUACUGGCUUGAUUUUCUAUGUAUUUUAUCUUGGUUUUAGCUGAAUGGAUUCAUGGGUGGAUUAAAUUGUUUGUCUUCUAAAGACAGGAUUACCAAGUACUAGUUCUCUGGGGUGUAAGCAAUUCAAUUUCUAAGAGAAGGGGGUGGGGGGUUGUUCAGAUUGUCAACGAGAUAUUAAGUUAAUGGCCAAAUUCUCUGUCCAUUUAAUCUAAUUGACUUCUGCUGGAAUCUCCGAGCCACGUCUAUUGUGCGUAGUGCGAGUGUCAGGUG